UUAGAAAUACAGGAUUACUCUUUCAAAAUGGUUUCCAUCUUAUUCUUUCUUCUGCUCUCUACAAAUUUUCUGGCAACAGCUCAACAGGGGCAAUUCAAUAUAAGUCUAGGCUCUUCUAUAACUCCCACCGGAAACUCCUCCUGGCUAUCGCCUUCUGGUUUAUAUGGUUUUGGCUUCAAUCAGCAAGGAAAUGGUUUUUCUGUGGGAAUUUUUAUUGCAGGAAUACCUCAGAAGACUGUUAUUUGGACAGCAAAUCGUGAUAACCCUCCGGUUCAAGGAAAUGUUACCUUGCUUCUUACAGGUGCAGGAAGACUUGUUCUUCAAUCAGCAGAUGGCCAAGAAAUAUCCAUAGUAAAUAGUCAUGAACCUGUUGCAAAAGCAUCUAUGUUUGAUUCAAGGAAUUUUAUUCUCUAUAAUUUUGAUCAGGAGAUAAUAUGGCAGAGUUUUCGGAACCCUUUUAAUACAAUAUUACCAGGUCAAAGUCUCUUGGCAGGGGAAGAGCUGUUUUCAAGUGUUUCGGAAACCAACCAAUCGACGGGGAUCUUUCGUCUGAAGAUGCAAAACGAUGGAAAUCUUGUGCAGUACCCAAAGGAUACUCCAGAUGAAGCAGCAUAUUCUUAUUAUUCAUCUUUUACAGAUAAAAGAGGUGAAAAUGUGUCACUAAACCUUGAUGUCGAUGGCCAUCUUUACCUGGUUAAUUCUACUGGGUUCAUUAUAAAAGAUCUGACUCCAGGAGGCUAUUCUACAGAAGGAACAAUCUAUUUGAUGAAAAUUGACACGGAUGGGAUCUUCCGACUGUAUUCGUUUAAAUUAAAUCAGAACAGCAGUGUGUCGAUUGUAUGGGCUUCUUCGGUUGAUAAGUGUUCCUCAAAGGGUCUCUGUGGCCUAAACAGGUAUUGUGCUAAAAAUGAUCAAGAUAUUUACUGUCAAUGUCUUCCAGGAUAUUUAAUUAGUGGAGAGGGAGGCUGUCAAAAGAAUUUCUCGACCGAGAACUGUGAAAGCAAGGAUGGAAAUAUCAAAUACACUAUUGAUAGAGUUGCAAAUACCACAUGGGAGGACGCUUCAUAUUCCAUUCUGUCAUUGCCAACCGAAGAAGAAUGUGAAAGGGCAUGCUUGGAAGACUGUAGUUGUGAAGCUGCGAUGUUUAAAGAUGGUGAAUGCAGAAAGCAAAAGCUGCCUCUGAGAUUCGGGAGAAAACUUGAGAGCGAAUCAAACUUAGCUCUCAUCAAAGUCGGUGUUUCGAAUUUUGCAGGUGCCCCAGGACAAGGGGAUGAGCCUAAAAGAAGCAAGAAAGAGAGGCAGACAGAUUUGUUAAUUGUCAGUGUUUCACUCCUUGUUUUUGAAGUCAUUAUUUUGACAAUUUCUGGAGUCCUUGUUUACAGAAAUCGAGUUCACGAUUAUAAAAGGAUUUCAAGUAAAAUUCAAUUAAAUGAGGAUGUUGGUCCAAAAUCAUUUACUUACUAUGAACUGUUGAGUGUGACUAACAAUUUUAAUGAAGAGAUUGGUAGAGGAGCAUUUGGGACAGUUUUCAGGGGGGAAAUAUCUAAUGGUCAGAAGGUUAUAGCUGUUAAGAGACUAGACAGAGUUUCAACUGAAGGAGAAAGAGAGUUUCAGACUGAGAUGAAAGCAAUCGGCAGAACGAAUCACCGGAAUUUAGUCCGAUUACUUGGCUACUGCCACGAGGGGCCUAACCGGCUCUUGGUAUACGAGUACAUGAGCAAUGGCUCACUUGCAGAUCUACUCUUCACACCAGAAAAGCAACCGUGUUGGGAUCAGCGGAUGGAUAUUGCUCGCAACAUAGCAAGAGGUCUCAUCUACCUCCACGAAGAUUGUGAAACUCGGAUUAUCCAUUGUGAUAUAAAGCCUCAGAACAUUCUCAUAGAUGAGUAUAAUUGUGCAAAAAUAUCAGACUUCGGAUUGGCAAAACUUCUGAAGCCUGACCAGACCAGAUCGCUUACUGGGAUUAGAGGAACAACGGGGUAUGUUGCCCCAGAAUGGCAUAGGAAACUACCUGUGACAGUCAAAGCAGAUGUUUACAGUUUCGGAAUUGUACUCUUUGAGAUCAUAUGUUGCAGACGAUGUGUUGACUGGACCCUCUGUGAAGAGGAAGCUAUUCUUGAAGAAUGGGUUUUCCAUUGUUUUUAGGCUGGUGAGCUGGGAAAAGUUGUGGGUGAUGAAGAUGUUGAUAAUUUGCUGUUGGAAAGGAUGGUUAAAAUGGGACUUUGGUGCAUCCAAUAUGAGCCAUCUCUCCGUCCUUCAAUGAAAACGGUUCUAUUGAUGUUGGAAGGCAUAGUUGAUAUCCCACUUCCUCCCAACCCCACUUCUUUUUCUAGUGUCCUUUAAAAUGUCUGUGCUUGCAAUAAUUGUAAAUUUUAUGGAAGUUGGU